CAACCAGCACACAAACAGGUGAACAAGUUACUCCCUCUGAAGUGAAGAUGCCUCGUGUUCCCGUCUCAAUCUAGAUGAACAACAGCCAAAUCCUCUACAAGAACACCAUCAUGAAGGGGAACGGCUCUCAGAACGGCGUCAUCACCCGGAAAGACCAAGUACAGAUCGACUUCUCCUGCUUCUACACAAAGCCAGACGUCCAGAGCCUGUCCUUCAGGAUCAAAGACAGCUCUGUGGUACUGCAGGUCGUAUCCGGACCUUGGACCUACACCCUGACGAUGGCCGCCUACACCGACGGAGGACUCCAGAACCUCGUGGAGUCGAGCACCGAGCUCCAGCUGAACCAGAAGGUGUGGCUGCAGCUGAAGGCGGACGGGCUGGACGGCGACGCGGUCGCCAUAGUGACCGACUCCUGCUGGGCCACCACCCAGCCGUCCACCGACAGCAGCCCGCGAUACGACCUCGUCAUCGCCGGAUGCCCCAACAAAGCCGACCAGACGGUGACGGUGGAGGGAAACGGACUGGGAACCUCCAACGUCUUCUCCUUCAACGUGUUCCAGUUCUCUGGAGAAACAUCUGCCAUCUACCUGCACUGCAAAGUGGAGCUGUGCCCCAAAGAGGGAACAACCUGUGCUCCGACCUGCCCUGCAAGCAGUAAAAGGAGGCGCAGGUCUUCCAGGUCCAACACUGCAGCCCUCAUCACUAUGGCCUGGAGUAAUUAAAGACCGCUCCCUUCUGACCUUUGACCUGCUGAUUCCUGACAGAAGCUCCAUCAACCAGCCUCAAACCUCACGGCUCUUCAACAGAUGUUUGAAGAUGUUGCUGCUGUGAAACAACGCUGGCAGGUCUUCAUGUGGUCACCUGGGACGAUGCUUUCAUUCAUUCUUUAUAUAUCCAAUGAUUCUUGCUAAUUAUUACGAGAUUUAGAAAUGAAACAUAAUCUCUGGUGAAAUAAAUGAUAGAAAAAUAGAAUGAAAAACCAAUCAAAGAGGGUUUUAAGGGUCUGGUGCUUUAAAUACAUAUUAAUUCACUUCUUUAAACAGCCUGAAUGAACCUGGUGGAAGCAGCAACAGAAUCUGCUGACAUGGAAGUUACUCUGAGUGAAGGUUGUCAGUGCAAACUGUGACUGUUAUUACACAAGGACGUGCUGUUGUUUAUUAUGUUAUUACUAAGAGCAAAGAAAACACCAAAAAUAUAAUAAAGGGAGUGGGAAAAACAA